AUAAUUAAUGUCAAUAUAACAAACCCACCAACUACAUCUCUUAUUCUCACCAUUGAUUUUAUUUUUGACUUGAUUUUCAAUGCUAAAUAAAUAACCACACUAAUUUAAUACCCCCUUCCCUCCACCUUUCACACCCCCACAAACAUUUAUAGGACACAAACCAUAACACCUUUGCCUUACAAUCAUUUUUCCUAAACAAAAAAACACACACAAAGUUAAAAACCUACCACUUGUUAACAAAUACACCAAAAAAUGCCAACCAUUUCCCUUUCUUUUCCUUCCCUUCUUAACACCCCAAUUUCCUCUUAUUUCCUCCCUACCACAACAAACACUACUCACACCUCCAAUAUCCCACCACUCGACCCUCCUUCCCCUUCUCCCUCGCUGCCACCACUCGAUCAACAGCAGCAACAACAACAACCACCACCGCCUUCCACAAAGGCAAUGGACGCGGUAGAGCUAAUGCGAGUAUUCCAAAUGUUUGAUCACAACGGUGACGGGAUGAUAACAAUGGGGGAGUUACGUGAGUCGCUUACGAACAUGGGGAUCAUUAUCCCUGACUCCGACCUUACACAACUAAUCGGUCGAAUCGACGUCAAUGGCGACGGAUGUGUUGACGGUAACGAGUUUCAAGCCCUAUACACGCUUCUUAUGGAACGUGAGGUUGAUGCUCAAUCCGACGAGGAGGACAUGAAGGAGGCAUUCAACGUGUUCGAUAAGAACGGGGAUGGGUUUAUCUCGGUAGAUGAGUUACGGUCCGUUCUUGGCUCCCUUGGACUUAACCAAGGGAGGAACUUGGAGGAUUGUAAACUUAUGAUCAUGAAAGUUGACGUGGAUGGUGAUGGUAUGGUUAGCUUUAAAGAGUUUAAGAAAAUGAUGAAACAAGGUGGUUUUGCUAGUUUGAAUUAAAUCAUUAGCUAGUAUAGAUCGAACAAAAUUUGCUAGCUAAAUUUAGCUAGCUAGUUCUUUGAUUUCUUCAUUGUUAUUGCUUGAUUUGUGGUGAUUAGAACGCGCCGUCGGUGUAUGUAUAUAUGAUGAUGUUUGUUCUUUGUGUAUGUUCCUUGUUGAUUUGAGAUAUUUAUUUUUGGAUAUUUAUUUAGUGUUUACAUCACGAGUUCGUUCAUCGGAUUUCUUGGAUCUCAAGGUAUUGAAUCGAGUUGAUUUAGAUCGAGUUUGGAUCGGAAAUGGGUGGGUUGUGGUGGUUCAUCGUGGAUUCACAGGAAGAAUGGAGUAAGGUGUAUGUUGUUAGUUUGAGUCAUUUGAAUAUUGGAGAUUGUAUUAGAAGGAUAAAUUAAUUAAAUGAAAUGUCAUUAAGCUAGGUGGUUA